GCAAAUGACUGCGCGAGACCAAUACAUCUCAGAUUGGUUAACUAAACAGCGCGCGGCGCAUGCAGCGCGAGAGCAGAGCGCGUGUUGACAGAUGCUGUUAUAACUACAGCUGCACGAGCUUUUGGGAUUUGUGUAACAGUAACCUCUUUGAAAUUAGUUGAACCUCGAACCUUCAACUUUAAUCUUAAUUAACACUGCGGAGUCUGCACACCCAUCAUCCCGGGACCAGAGCGCUCGAGAGUCUCUCUCCAUGCUUUGGGAUAGCUGGUUCGCUGCGAGACAAGCGGAAGAGAGGGUACAAGGGAGCAAGACGAGACCGCUUUGAAGUUUACUCCUUUUUUCCCCCUGAACGGAGGUCUUACUGGACAACGGAGACGCCGUUCGCCCCAAAGUGUCCAAUACGUCGGCUGCCCACAUUUAAAAAUGGCACGAGUAUGCCGACAUUCGGACUAACCUGCGCCUUUUCUUCACUUCGGUGUCAUUCGAUAUCCUGGUCCGAAAUGCAGCCCUGUAUCAUUUUCAUCUGCCUGUUUCUCUCGGCGGCUGAAACCCAAGAUAUCCAUCCCUCAAAGGCAUCAUCAUCCAUCAGUGAGUCGUGUGACUCUCUGUGUUCCUGCGAGGCAAAGGACGGUGUCCUUCAUCUUAACUGUGAGCAGAGGAACAUCAGCAAAAUCUCCCAAAUCCAAAUCCCGUCAGGUGUCUCCUUCCAUCUGAACGUUUACAAAAAUGACUUAGUUGAGCUCCGAAUUGAGGAAAUGGAAGGGCUUAGGGGCGCCCUUUCUCUGCACAUUGGGGGUAAUAGCAUACAAGAGCUGGAGCCAGGGGUCUUUAGCUCUCUCGGUUCUCUGAAAAAACUCCACAUAAAUAGCAAUUUUCUCGUCACCCUGAAAGAGGACACUUUUCAGGGUCUGGUAAAUUUAGAGUUUCUUCAAGCUGACACAAAUUUCAUCCGGAUCAUUGAACCGGGAGCCUUCAACAAACUGAUCCGCCUCAAAGUCCUCAUCCUCAAUGACAAUUCCAUCGAGUUUUUACCCAGCAACAUCUUCCGCUUCGUGCCCCUCACCCACCUGGAUCUGCGGGGCAACAAGCUCCAGACGCUGCCAUAUGUGGGCUUUCUGGAGCACAUCGGGCGGAUCAUGGAGCUCCUCCUGGAGGACAACGACUGGACCUGUGACUGUGAUAUUCUCCAUUUAAAAACCUGGAUGGAAAACAUGAGGGCCCAGUCGGUCAUCAGCGACGUCGUGUGCAGCUCACCACAGCACCUGAAGGGGACCAUUCUGGCCAAAGUCAAACGGGAUGUUCUGUGCCCGUUCCACAAAGCCCUUCCCCCUGAGGGACCACCAUCCCUGGAUAUGGUUGUUACUCCAUCAUCCAAAGUGGUUCCUAAUCCCAACCUGACAUCGCACCUUCCAGACAGUCCUUGUGUGGAGCACUGUUUGUGUCACAAUCACCCAGUGGCCGGUUUUUUGAUGCACUGUCAGGACCGAGGAAUUCAGAAGGUGUCUGAAAUCGGAAUACUGCAGCAAAGCCCUACUAAACUGGUCAUGACUGGAAACAUGAUCCAGAAACUCUUUAAAUAUGAUUUUGUCACAUUUGACAGUUUAGAAUUGCUCAACCUGGCAAGCAACCGAAUUGAUUACAUCGAUAAUGAAACAUUUCUCAGCCUCAGCAGCUUGAAAAAGCUUCACCUGAACGGGAACAGGAUAGAAAAACUUUUCUCCACCAUGUUUGUGGGUCUCCACAACCUGGAGUAUCUGUACCUGGAACACAACCUCCUCAAGGAGAUUGCUCCUGGAACCUUCAAUCCCCUGCCAAACCUAAAGCUGCUGUCGCUAAACAACAACCUGCUGAGCUCACUUCCGGCUCAGAUAUUCCGCAAUGUGCCCCUGAGCAAAUUAAACCUGAGGAACAAUCUGCUCAUGCACCUGCCAGUAAGCAACGUGCUGGAUCAGCUCGACGCACUGGAGCAGAUCUAUUUAGAGGACAACCCAUGGGACUGCAGCUGUGACUUGCUCAGCCUUAAACAAUGGCUGGAGAAGCUGAGAAAAGACACGCUGGUGGGCUCCGUUCUGUGCCACACCCCAAAGAAAGUGAUGCAGGUCGAGCUGAGGAGUCUUCAUCAUGAGAUGCUCUGUCCCGGGUUGGGAACGUACCACCCGGGGGCUCCCGCUGCAGAGGAGACGGUGACUGCCACAGUGGGACCCCCUGACAAAAGGGACAGGGGUCUGCUCAUCUCCCUGACGGACACCAUCCCGCUCUCAGUGCUCAUCCUGAGCCUACUCAUCUUCAUCCUCAUGAUAAUCUUCUGCUCAGCUGGCUUGGUGGUCUUUGUGGUGCACCGGCGGAGACGAAGGGCAAAGAAAAAGGCUGCAGAGGAGCCGGCACGGGAGACCACCAGCAGCACCUCUCCCAUCCACUUACACUACAGCAUGUAUGGGCAGAAGACCACUCACCACACGGUGACCCAGAGAACUGGACCUGCAGCCCUGUACGAGGACAGAUCCCACAGCCCGAUCGUGCAGAUCUGCCGGAACCCCACCUACUGCUCCCAGCACAAGGGCCACGACUCUGAUCUGGAUUACAGCCUGGAUGAUUCAAAGCACCACGUCUGCCGGAGCCUCAUGGAGAAGGAGAACACCUCCCCCCUAACAGGAAACCCAAAGUUCAGGGCCAUAGCUGAGGAGCGCCCUGUGGAGUUUGUCACUUUGGGGACUCCCAGCUCCCUGUACAGGAACAUCCUGGAGAGAGAGAAGGAGCUGCAGCAGCAGCUCGGAAUAACAGAAUACUUCAGGAAAACCUUGCCCCAGCUGAAGCCCACCAUGGACCUGCAGGUCCCAGGGCACCAGGAGGAGUUAAAGUUAAUGGAGGCGAUAAUGUACACAAGACCUCGCAAGGUCAUGCUGGAACAAACCAAGAAUGAGUACUUUGAGCUCAAAGCAAACCUGCACACUGAGCCAGACUACUUGGAGGUUCUGGAACACCAGACUGCUUUUAACUGAGCUGAAAUGUAUAUCAUGUCUGAACCAAGUGCCUUGGCCUAUUUGCCCUCCUGUACUUUCCACAGUGUCAAAAUGUAUAAACAUAGAAAUAUGAUAUAUAUAUAUAUAUAUAUAGAUAUAUACAUGUGCCUGUGUGUGUACAUAUACACACACAGGCACAUGUUUUUAAUUGUAGCACAGAAUGUAACUGGUGUGAACUUUUUAUCUGCUCAUCGGUCGAGGUAGCUGGUUAGAGGUGCAAUAUUUUAGAGAUGCACCGAUCAGGCUUUCCUUGGCUGAGACCAAUUUCUGAUUUACUUCGUCUCAGAUUCAGUAGUUAUGAAUCCCACACAAAAACAAUUACAUGUUAUCCUUUUUCUGACUUUUAUUAAACUUAUAAGUGGACCACAUUACGUGCCACUAGUGUGUGUUUAUGGAUUAAACUUGUCUAAUUUAAGCCUUGAUGUUUUUAUUGAUGGACAAAAAUUAUUCUUAUUUACGAGGACUAAAACAGAGGAAAAUAGAGUAAGUUUGCUGAUCAAUAAAUGACAAUUAUCCGGUUACCAGCUUUGGCCUACUGAUCGGUGCAUCCCUUCGGAAUAUUUUCAGCCAAAUCAAACCUGGAAGAAGCUGUAACCAUCUGUAGAGCAAGUCUGGGUUAAAACCCACAGUGAAAUCCACUCAUUCAGCUUUUUACAUGUGAUUACAUUUUCAUGCUCCUACAGCAGCCAAGUGAAUUGAUCCACGCAGCACAACCCCCAGCUCGGCCUCCUCCCAGGAUAAAGCAGAUGUUUGGAAAGAAUUGAGCGAAUUUCAAUCAGUGCUUGACCCAGAAUUCCGCUUAAUCAGUCUAUCCCGAUUCCGACCGCGACCUGAUUACACCACCCGUCAACCCCCCUCCCAGAGAGCAGCUUUAACACUGGAACCGGAGCGCUCAUUGUACCGUAGAGUCAGCGGUUCGUACUGCCAAGUACAUGAAAAACAGCGAUAGGAGCAUGGUUCCAGUGCUGUCCUCCUGACAGAUGAUUGAUCCAACACGCUGCAGAGCCGCAGUCAGAAGAACUUUAUUUUUUUUAUGAGCUCAGUCAGAAAGUGGAGUACAGUAGCUACACAACCUGUACAAACGCAUUGCACUAUUUAAACGCCAUAAGAUGGUGCAUGACAAUCAACAAAAGUCCUGCUGAAACGGUUGAGUUUUAAUUUCUGCCAGAAAUGAGCCGCUGAUGCGUGCCUAUUUCAUGUGCUUUGUGUACAUUUGUGAGACACAUUAUUUUCUGUUGAACCCAUUACAAAAGCAUCCAGAACACAGAUGGAAAAAGACAUUUGCAGAGUGGGACCGGAUUUAUGUUCCUGUUUUCAGAAACAGCUCGUGUAAGCACACUCUCUGUAGCUUUUCUACCUUAACUAGUUUGACUUAUUUAUUCUGUAUAUUUUGUAUAUACCUCCGUUUCCUUUUAUCUUUGGGUUUUGUGUGCCUUCAGUGCUGUACAGAAUAUAAACAGAAGUUGUGUCUGAAAGACGAAAAAUAAAGAAUUGCUAUAUGAUGUGAA